AUAUAAUAGCAUGGAUUUGCACCCUCGUUGCUAGUUACUGCAAGGAAGAUUUACUCUGGGUGAAGUAAGUAGGGACUUGUUUUUGUAGUCAUGAUCUUUACCCCCUAUUUAUUUCAUCGUUUUCGUAUGUAGCAAUGGUGCUUUGUGAAGAAAACUUAAAACGAAUUUGCACUAUUUGAUGCUGACUAGGAAGACAGCAGGGAAUGAAUUUUUAUGUACAAUGCUCUUUGUUUUGAGUUAAAAGGCUAUUUAUAAAAUCGUCCGUGUCAUCGAAAAAAAUUGCUACCUAGAAUGCUACCCAGAAGGGCUUCUGAAACUUCCUUCCUAAUAAUGUUCUCAAUGUUUUCUUUUUACAGAUAAAUUAGUUUUUAUUGUUUUCAUUAGAUUGAAUUUCUGACAGAUUUAGCUUACAUAAGGUAGAGAUGAGAUGGGACCUCUUCUCGGAAAAGAUCCCUGUUUUUCAAUUCUCAUGAGCGACCACCUCCUGUAAGCGAUCACUAAAAUUUAGUAAGUUAGUUAGUCUUAAUCUUUGUAUUUUGGGUGGUCGCCUAUGGAAGGUUGACUGUAUAUAAGAAAUUUAGCAAAGUGAGGUUGAAGAAAACAGAAUUUGAUUAAGAGUAUUUUUAUUUUUCUUAGGAUGAAAGUCUUGAAUUGAUUUCCAUAAUACUGCCUUUAUGCACACUAUGUCUGCAGACAUGAAGAAGAUUCCACUUGGACCUCCCCCAUCAUAUGAUACAACACCACUUGAUCUUGGGGAUGGAAACUUUAAGAAACAGAGCAAUAUUGGCCUAUUCAGUUUGUUGAUGGAAGACCCUCCACCAUACAAGGAAAAAAAUUCCCCCACAGAAUCUUUCAGUAGUUUUCAAUUCCUCCCUCCACUUGCUCUGCGUCCAUGGAAGAGGUUCUUCAGUAUGUGCCUCAGUGGCCGCUGUAGUACCUCAACUGAAAAUUUUGGCCACAACUUGGUGUAUUAUCAAGUCAACUAUGCAUGGCUGAUGUUGCUCCUUGUUAUGGUAGCUCUUGUGGUGUAAGUGAAUACCAUAAAAUUCCAAAAAUAAGCCCCAGGGCUUAUAUUUUUCAAAGGCCCUUUUUGAAGGGCUUAUUUUGGGGGGGCUAAUAUUCGGAGGGGCUUAUCUACGGAGGGAAAUUUGCGUUUCAAAAUCAAUUGGGCUAGCCUUACAGUUGGAAGUAAAUUUACCGUUUUUGCUUUGUUUUACUUUGUAUUUGAGGGCAUUUUUCCAAGUACAAGCCCCAGGCAGUGGGGGGGCUUAUAUUUGGAGGGGCGAUUUAACAGAGGGUUUUUGCGUUACCAGUUUGCAGGGCUUAUAUUUGGAGGGGCUUAUUUGUGGAAUUUUAUUGUAUUAGUAUUUUUACACUCUCUUUAGGUAUAUAUAGUGAUGAUCAUGAGGAUUGUAAAAUUAAUCACCUGAUCUAAUAUGUGAACCAGUAAUGAGCAAUAUACAGCGAUGCAAUUGGAACUAACAUUAGUUAACAUUUACAGGAUUAAUUCUGAUGAUUUCAACUUUUGUAUUCUGUGGACAAGCAUCACUGUGCUUCUGAUUUAUGGAUUAAAUGUCAGUGGAUUUGUAUUUAAGUUGUUUGGUAAGUUUUGAAGAUUACUUCUCAACACUUAUGGGUUAUAUACACUUAUAAAUAUGUUAAAGGUCAAAAUUAAACUCAGGUUAUUGUACUUUGACUUCAGUUUUGAAUGUUAUUGGUCACCUUUUUAAACUAACAUAAAGCUCACUAUUUGUAACCUUUUCCUUCCUAGAGAUAUUUUCCAUCAUUCACCUUUUUCAUUAAUUUAACUUCACUAAUAUAAUUAAUUAAAUUUUAAUUAUAGAUAUUUAUUAUCUUGAAAUCUCCAAGUGAAAGUUCCAAGUGGGACAGGUGGGAUCCUGCCAGUCCUACCUAGGAUCCUGGGUGGGAAGAGGGAGUCACUGGCGGGAGAGGUCCGGGAGAUCUUACCAAUACCACCUGAGAUCCCAGGUGGGAGCCAUGAUCCUGAGUAGGUAUCCCACUAAUGAAGGUGGGAUCCCUUGUGAAUCCUGGAUGCCUCUUUACCUGAGUGCUGAUAUCUGUUUUUCUUCCAUUGUCAAUAUUUUGAAAUACCCACAGUUGCUGUAAUGAAUACAGUAAAAACCCUCGACUAAGAACCUUCAUUUUCCAAAGUUAGCCUAAACAGAUUCUUACAUUUUGAAAUGGUAAUUAGCACAAAUUUUGGCUAUUAAGGUUCUUAACUUAUUUUCUGAAAAAAAAAAACAUAAAUUGUAGAGGCCUUCAGGUUAUUCCUCUAUAAAAGUUGUAUACUCAAUUAGUAUUGCUGUUGGAAUGAUAAGGCAGGCACCUAUCACUCAAAAGAGGAUCCUGAUUGUUGACUUAUCUUAUUUGCCCAAGUGUACACAAUUUGUUAGAUUUUAUUUUGAGAAAAGAAAUAUUUAAGAACCUGUAAUUCAAAUAUUUUUAGGCUAAACAGGUUCUUUUAUGGAGGGUGCUUAACUGGCAAAUUUUAGACUAACAGGUUCUUCAAAACCAGUUUCUUAGUCACAGGUUGUUACUGUAUCCCAUACAGAGUCCCAACUCUACCGUUGUUUUGUAGGUCGGAGGCUCUCCCUUUCAGAACAGUUAACAGCUUUUAUCAUGUUUGAACUGCCAUUUUAUGGCCUCCUUCCUGGUGCUGUCCCAUUUAUUUAUUUUAUCGGUAAGUUACAUCCUUUAAUCAUUAUGCCUACAUGUCAGUAGAUUCAAAUCUUUUAAUUACAAUAUUUUAAAAAGUAUAUACAGUCAGUGUUUACUGUUGGUACAGUUGGCAUUGAGUUUUAAUUGGGGUACAAACAGGAUGGAAGUAGGUGCAGUAACCACCACAGCGGGGCUGUGUUCUGGAAUCACACAGUAUCCCUGGUUUUGGGUGACUAAGAGAUCUUAGUUCCGCAUAAAUCUCAUACCGUAACUUCCACUUAAAUAUUGCUUAUUAGCACUGGGCUUAUACAACUUCAUAAGGGGUUUUAGGAGGGAUUAUAAAUGGGGUGGGGGGGGGGCUUUAUCUCAAAACAAGCUUCCUAUUAGUGCUGAUCAAAAGACUUUUUGAAUUUACUGGCUUUUUUAAGCUUUAAAAUGUGAUAAAUUUUGAUUCCUUUCAAUUCAAGAGGUGGCCGAUAACUUGGGGGACUUAUAGUGAGGGGGGAGGGGGGGCGGCUUAUAAGCAGAAGUUUCAGUAUGCUGGGUACCCUAGAUUUUGUUUACAUAUAUUGUAUUAAGUUCAGAGCAUUGGGCUUGCUGCAGUAAUGUUCUAUGAUUAAUAUUUUUUGCUGUUAAAGGUGUGAUCUACAGGGUUGUCACUAAGAUUUCAAGUUGCCGGGUAAAUACAACAAGUAGGCGGGGAAUCAAAUGGCUAGGGAUUUCUUUUGGUUCUAUUUUUCUUCUAUUUUCCCAUAAAAGUAGCCGGGGGCCACUCUCUUAGUAGCCGGGGAAAAUCCCCGGCCCCCGGCUCUUAAUGACAACCCUGGAUCUAGUAUAUAACCAUAGCAAUGGUUUUUUAGAUAGCUUUUUCUUUUUCGCAGAAAAGCUCUCUCCUGAUAUUUUGCGUGUGUUUAUGUUGUGAUUCAAUUUUAUCAUGAUUUGAAUUUUAUUUUCCUUUGUUUCAAACACAUUAUCAAACUCUACCAUACCUAAAAACAAAGGAAAAUGAAAUUUAAACCAGGGAUAAAAUUAAACCACAGCCUAAACUAAUCUUUGCAAUCUUUACAGAUAAGAUUGGUCUAUAGUGGUAAUCUGUGUCCUGUAACUUUAAGAAAAAAUGUAAAUAAUGUUUCUUUUGAGUCCUGUCAUUUUCUAUUUUCAGUUGGCUUUACUGGUUUUGUCACCUUCCAUGCUAGCUUUACACGAGUUUACAAACCAUCUUUAUUUGGAAUCAGUAAAAUUCACCACAUUUGACCAGGUGAAAAUCCUGCAUGGAGAUGAUCUUCUGCUUUUGCUCCGUAUCAAAACAAGGCCACAAGAUCUUGUUAUUUUGAGGGAAAUAUUCAUAACUUCAUAUGGCAAUAAUACACCUAAUAUACCUCCUAAUAUGUGCAACACUCAAUAUGAUACAUUAUUGUCCCUUUAAUUCUCACCAAUAAUAUCAAUUUUAUAAAAUGACAUGAUGGAUAUGAAGCGUAAAUAUACUUGUUUGGGGUUAAUAGUUAUUAUUGUGAGUGUUUUGGGUGUUUGUUGGAAUAAUAAAAUGUACGUAGAGAAAGAUGCAUUUUAUUUUUGGCACAGUUAUUUCAGUCAAUUUGUCAUGUGCAACUGGGUCGUUAAAUAAAUAUUAUUGUAAAUCAUAAAAUGACAAAAUAUAUUAGUAAAGGUAUUUUGCAAACUUAGUUUGUAGCCUUUCUAAGGAAGAGGUGUGGCAAAAUAAAAGAUAACAUUAUUUUAAUGUUUUAAAACAAGGUGUUUGAUUGUUUAAGUGGCUUUGAAUGUUGAUGCCCACUGUAUGGAAACCUGUGUUUCAAACAUUCUUCUGAAAGCUUAGCACACAAGCUAGGGGUAAAGCUGCAGGGGUACUCUUGGAAUUGUAGGGUGAGUGC